AUGUGUCCACAGAUGAGAACCCACGGAAAGGGGCAGCGUGCUAUUUCGAGAUGUUUGGAACGAGCGAUCCUGUUGGGGCUCGGAUUGCCAGAAGAAUUUGGGGUUUCUAUAAUUAUAGUGGCAGCCAGAGGUGUUGAGGCUGAACUGAAACCAGAGGCGAUGAAUUAUCCCACAGGGUGUCGUCGCGAUGUGCACUCGUCCUCGCUGUCCCUUGCCGCUGUCAAAUCAGGUAUUUUUGCGAAAGCGUACACCCUCCUCGCGUGGACUGAAGUACGAAAGCUGAACGAUCUAUCCCGACCAGGACACCGCGGGGUCCUGGCGCCCGCCACCGCCACUACUCCGGAGAACCAGGCUACCAGGGAGAGGCCAGAAAAGAACCGCGGCGCAACAAGGGAGAAGCCAUACAACGUAACAGCCGCCAGAUGGUGGGUGGCAGAGUGGCACUCCGCAUCCGCAUCCGCAUCCCGGAAACUGGGCUCAGAGCAACUCCCGAAACGCCGCAGCAAACGGCAGGCUGAUUCCCGAAGAUAUGCCAUCCAGCGUCUCCAGUCCAGGGAACAGGGAAUGUUCGCGCGGGAGAACAUUCGUGUGACGCGGGUUGCGUCGCGGGAAGCUUGGAUGGAGACUUUGCUCGUGGGAACAAACCAGAUCUUCAUGACUUUGAUAUCACGAGGUGAGGCAAUCGUAGAUCAUCAUCUUGGUUGUUUGAUGAGCCGCCCAGCCCUUUCCCCUUAUUUCUUCGCCCCGAGAGCCGGAACCUUUCUAACUCGAUAUGUAACGAAAUCCGUCCAUGAGAAUUUUAAGUUGAUGGACGGGAAGACUAGCGUGAGCCUGAACUCUGUCUGCCGUCUGGCUUCUUCCUUUCUGGAACGGAAACAAGGGGUGAAGCUCUUGGGAUCGGAUCGAGUGGCGCUUUGGCAGGUGGUCCCUCCACAUACGUUCGUAAUUUGGCUUGCUGCUGGAUCAGGGGAUGGCUCACGCGCUCCUUGUUGGGCGUUUCCAAAUGAUGGGACGCAAGUCCCUGCGGCGUUCGUCUCUCCUCUUCAGUAUACUUCGGAAUUACUACCAACAGUAAGAUCACUAGAUCAAUCAAAGCAAACUAUCAAGCUGCGGCCGGGCCCAGGCCAGGAGGACGCCGCAACCUUGGGACGAUGAGAUGCGCGAGGCUGAACAGGAGCGAGAAGACAAAAGCAGAAGAUUUAAUCUUGCAUGAUACAAUUGAGGAAGCGGCAACGAGCCUUGAGUUUUAAGAGAAGCAGUUUCAACUUGACUAUGG